UGGAUAUAAAACCAAAAAAAUCUUAUUUAUUGGUAUAAGAAAUAGAUAUUGUUUAAUUUGUCAAAGAUCCAAAAAUUCAAAAAAAUCAGUUCCAAAACACACUUGUUUUUUAAAUUGGAACAAUGCUUCAACAGCGAUGGAGGCUGAUGCUGUUGCCGAAGGGUUCAAACGAAGCAUUGAAUUACAUGGCUUAAAAUUUAAUAAACUAAUUGGUGAUGGUGACUCUAGUGUCAGCAAAAGAUUGUUGGAAAUGAGACCGUAUGGUCCUAAUUUCCAUAUUGAAAAAAUUGAAUGUAGAAACCAUUUACUACGAAAUUAUGGUACAAAACUGGCUGCUGUUGUUAAAAAUAGUAAAUUUCCAGUGCCAUUGCGAAACCAUAUUUCAAGUAAUGCAAAGCGAUUUAGAUCUGCUAUCACUAAAGCAAUAGACUAUCGGAGUAAUUUGAGUAGUCAAACGAAACAUCAAAAAGUCUCCGGUGGGUAAUUACAAUAUUGAUUAAUUUUAUUCUUAUAUUUGUUAAGCUAAACGAUACAGCCGAUAAAAGGAAAUUUUAAUUGCAUCGAAAUAUACACUCGUCACAAACUAACACAUAUAUUUUGAUGUAAAAUAGAAAAAUAAAUGAGUCACUCUGUUAUAUAAUGUUAGGUUUGAAUUAAUAAUGAGUAGGGCUCGGAUUUAUAUGUAAAUACAUAUUUUCUCUGUGACAUGAUAAACUAAUUUCGGCAAGAGAUAAAUU